AUGCUGCUCGCCGUCGUCGUUGUCGCCGUCGCCGUCGUCGCCGCGUCGCGCCACGACGAUCCGUCAGUGGCGGCGCACGUCGUGCAGCGGAUUCAGCGCGACGAGGCGCGCCUCAUCGAGCGCCUACGCGUCGACGAAGCGCUUCUCGACAUCAUCGACGGUGCGCGCCGCCGCGCGCGUCGCACACCCGACGAGGAGAAGCAUCGAUUGUGCGGUCAGAAGGUGCUCGUCGCGAUACGCAAAGUCUGUCCCGAUGGGUGUACGGCGUUGAGGAAGCGAAGCGGUAAGCCAAUUCCCCGGCCAACCUUUAAUCUCCCAAAUUUCUACAGUGCUAGUGAAGCGGAGCAACGACAAGUUGGCGACGACGUGCUGCACGGCAAAAUGCUCAAUGAGCCAAUUAAAGGCGCAUUGCUGCCCGUGAAGGUGGCGGCGGCGGCGGCGGCGAAUCGGCAUGAGACGAUUUACCUCCUCAACAUUUUGGUGUAUAUGCCGAAAUUGAUGAGCAUUCGCAGUUAUCGGUAUCCGAAUUCGAUUCGUGAAGAAUUUGACGGCAAUCUCACAAUCACAUAUUUCACAUUUACGAUGACUAUUCGAAUAAGCGCCAACGACGAUAAUAAGAUCACGUUCGAAUCGAUUUCGAUCACCGGCUGCGAGGUCAACUUCAUUUCGACGAUUCGCAACACCAUGAGAACUAUAAUGUCGUACGAGGAGAUGAAUUGA